CAAGGAAAUUCUUCUGUGCCCUGAUCUCAAUCGCGAGCAUGGUAUGAUGGUGGUGGCUGCUAUUGCUGACGUCAUGGACGAAGGAGACAUUGACUCGGUCCUUCGCGAUAAAAACACUUACAAAUGGGUUAAGUUAUUUAUAGAACAUCUCAGAGAGGCGAUUAAGCAUCCCGACUUGCAAAGUGACGGAUGGUUUGCGUUUGAAUGUGGUCGUGUGCUGCGCCAGCUGUCCUGUUUUGAUGCCAACAAGGUACUUUUAGUGAACUUAGGUGCGUUGCCAGUUCUUGUUCAAUUGGCGAGGAUUGACGAAGAAAUAUGUCUUUUCGAGGCUGUGACUGCACUGAGUCAGCUGGCCUUCGAGCCAGAGGCCCAGACGGCAAUGAUAGCGAAUGGCGAGGGGGAAACGAUCCCGCUUCUCUUCAAACUAAGCACAGAUUGCACAUUCGAACAGAUACGAGAAAUAGCGAGAGGUACAGUCUGGACAAUGGCCAGGCCAUUGCGCGAGUCGCCAAUUUAUGGACCAAUGGUGCACACUCUGUUUGCCAAGAAAACACGAGGACAUAUAAUGAUAAGUUAUUCGCGAGAACAGCGGCAGCUUUUACUGGAUAUCCGGGCAGAGCUAGAGGAAAAUAAUUUUGCGGUGUGGAUGGACGUUGACCAAAUGAGAGGGGACGUUUACGAGAGAAUGGCAGAGGCUGUCGAAAAUGCCGCCAUCGUACUUCUAGCAAUGUCUCGGAGCUACAAGAUGAGCGAGUACUGCCGCAGAGAGGCAGCAUAUGCCGGAAAGCUAAAUAAAAGCAUCAUACCACUGAAAGUAGAAAAGGAUUACGACGCGGAUGGUUGGCUUGGUAUAAUGACUGCUGGGAUGUUUUUCUACGACUUUGGUGGUAAAUCGUUCAAGGAUAUUAUGGCCAAGCUCCUCCCUGAACUCAAGCAUCUCGCCUAUCGGAAAGGAGAGGUUGAGAAUUGGAGACGUCAACCACUGGAAGCUGCCUCUCCCGAAACAGGGGUGCCUAUACCUCCGCCAUUACAGCUACCAUCCUCCGUUCCCUCGACAAGCCGAAAUGUCGUGACUUCCGCCCGGGCACCGCGCAUGUCUAGAAAGAAAUUCCGAGACAUUAAUGAGUCGACAUUCCAGGAGUGGCUCGACAACUACAACCUACCAUUUU